AUGACUCAGCCCAGAAUUUGUGAUACGCUCGUGGCACACGAGAAGUCGAAUGCUCUGGAAGAGCUGGAACAUGUGCAUCCAUCUAAUUCCUCGCCACUUCCUUCAGAAUAUGACCCUCCAGAUGGCGGGUUUUGGGCAUGGGCAACUGUUUUCGGGUGUUUUUUGAUACAGUUUUGUGGUUUUGGAUAUGUAUCAUCAUAUGGAGUGUAUCAAGAUUUUUACACGCGAAUUUACCUGGCCAAUCAACCACCUGAAUACACUUACACUCUGGAGUCUGUUGUCUCAGUCACUGUCAGAUGGAUUGGUGCAUUGACCUCGUUCCUGGCAGAUAGUGUCACCUUGAUCUCAGGACCGCUGUACGACAGAGGAUGGUUCUACCAAUUGAUGAUUGUGGGCUCGGCCCUCCAGUCAAUAUCCUUGUUCGCGUUAUCUCUCGCAAAGCCUGGUCAGUUCUACCUUAUUUUCAUUGUUCAAGGUAUCCUUUCGGGGAUUGGGAUGGGUAUAACGUAUGGUCCCUGCAUGGCGGUUAUCUCUCAGCACUUCUCCAAGAGACGCACGUUGGUGAUGUCUCUUGUCGCGUCCGGUUCACCAAUGGGUGCCGUUGUUCAUCCGAUCAUGCUAAAUCAUCUUUUAAACGGCACUGUUGGCUUUGAGCGAGGUGUUCGUGCCAGUGCAGGUUUUGUCAGUGCUCUAUUGUUGAUAUCUUGCCUAUCCAUGCGCACGAGAGCACUCUCAAUGUCAAAACCGACUACAAGCUAUAAUGCAGCUGUGCGAAAAUGCUCUCGAGAUGUUUUCUUCAUCCUCAUAACCGCCGGGUCAACAAUAUUUCAGAUCGGGUAUUACUUCCCUAUAUUUUACUUGCAACUUGACUCUAUCAAACAUGGGAUUGACGUCCAUUUCUCGUUCUAUUCCCUUGUGAUCAUGAAUGCCGCUUGUGUCGUCGGCCGCUGCACAGCAGGAAUAAUUGCAGCGUACACAGGGGCAUUAAACUUCACGAUGGUAUCCACUCUCGCAUGCAGUGCCCUGAUCAUUUGCAUGAUAGCGCUGAGCGACGUAGCAGGUGUGAUUGUAUUAGGGCUUGGAUAUGGUUACUUUUCUGGAGUUUAUGUUGCGUUGAUGGUACCGUUGGUGACUGUGUUUACGCCCGACUUGUCCGAGCUAGGAGCGCGAUUUGGGAUAUGUUUUGCUUUCACUGCCUUUGGUGGAUUACUCGGCGGCCCAAUAUCAGGCGCUUUGCUUUCCUCUCAAUACAGGUGGUGGAUAGCAUCGCUCUUCAGUGGGGUGAGUAGUUUUGCAUUGUUCCCGCACCAUGCUGAAAUGUUUAUCUACCGUGAUAAGCUCAUCUGUUUUGUCGGAAGCUCCAUGUUUGUGGUGAUGCGCUUGAUGAUAUAUCGCAGACGAAAAACGGAAGAGACACUUGCCACCCACAACGCGCUGAAAUGA